UCGUGUGCUCCGCUCUGGCGGGUUGUUUGGAAAAUUCAGAUUGUGUUUCCACCGUAAACUUUAGGACGUCAACUGUGAAACUAAACAAAAAACUAUUUUCCAAGUACAACAGCUGACCUAAAUAUAGGUUACUGUCUUAGUAACAAUGGACGAGGCUGCGAAGAGUUUUCUCCAACGACUCAUGAGACGGAUACCGAGUCAGAAGCUGAAAACGACGCUGGAAAAGUGGGGCCGUUUGACUGUCGAACAGCAACAGUCCCUCGAUUUUUCUCAACCAAAAUGGACGUUAACGGAAAACCUGUGGGCUAUUUGUGAGGAGAAUGAAUGGACACUGACGCGUAUCACAGAGCUCGAGAUGAUAUAUAUCAUUGAUAAUCCUAAUCAGGGAAUGUGGUAUGCCUACCAGCUCUUGGACCCUGAAGAUGAUGCUCACUCUGUAGAGUUGACACAAUUUAAAGAACAAUUCAGAUCUCACCUCAGGGAGCUUGUAAGACAUGUGUCUAUCAAAAUAAAGAAGCACACAGAUGAAGCUGUAUGGAUGCGGAUUGCCUGGGGGGACAGCUUCUCUCGCCCUAACCACCUGAAACCAACAUAUGUUGUUCACUAUCUUCAGACCCCAUAUGUCUUUGUGACCAGCCUUACCUCAAAGCAGAAACCCCUGUUAUUCCAAGCCUUGGUUUUAUCGACAAGAUACCAAACUAUCAAGGAUGGAAAUCUCAGUGGACGGAAACUCACUGCCAUCAGGGAGCUGCUGAUGAGACAAUACCAACAGGCGUUUCCCUCAAAAUAUCCCAGCCCACUUACAGAGAUGAACCCAACUUUCUCAAACCCACACAUAGAAAAAGAACAGGACGGGAAUGCAGCAAAUCGACAGCAGAUGGCCUGUGAAGCCUUUGGUGAUGGGACAUUACCUCAGCUACAAUCUGCAGUUUACAAGCUGCAAACAAAAUUCAGAGACCAAACCAACAAGAACAUGACAGAGCGAGACGAGCCCUUCAGAUGUGUUGUCAAAUUUACAAGCACCAACCUCUUAGAGUCCCUCAGAGACUGCGCUUCUUCAGGAUUUGCCUCCACACCUGUCACACCUCUGCUCUCAUCAAUUUCUCUAAAAGGAAAGAAUUACUUUGUCAUCACAGACAAUAGCCCUGGCGCCUCCUCACAAACACAACGGCCACAGAACUAAUGAGCAGCGGAUCCUUGAACUAAUGGACUCAUAAAUGUGCACACAACUGAUUUAUCGGGGACAGGACCUUGAAUUAAGGGACUAACACUGUGGCCAACCUCUGCGUCAGACCCACUCAUGAUUUGACAUUUUCAUUGAUCCUCCUGAUGGACAAAGCUUUUAAAUAGUCAGGGAUCUUGGAGGUAGCUUUUAUGGUUCUUAUUUAUAUGUGCUUCCAGAUGUGAAUAAAUCAAUAGUAACAGGUA